AUGUCAAUUGAAGAAGAAUCCAAGACCUUACUUGAUAAUACAUCACAAUUAUCAGCAAACAAUUCUCCUUACAAACACCAAUUAGACUCACAUCCACAACCUCAUUACAAUCUGUAUCCUAGAGAUGACUUUUUUAAAAAUGAAAACGAAUCUGUUGACUUAUUAUUGAAAGAAAUGAAUGUGAAUCCACUUGAGUACAAUAACGAAUUAGAAAAUGACAUAAACGAUGAUCCUACAUAUUCAAUAGCGACCAAUUCAGGAAACAAAAUUACUUUAUUGAAUGGUCAUGACAAAUCCAAUUCUGUUUCCUCUGUUUUUGAUUCAUCGCCUACCAAACCAUUAAAUUUCCCAAGAUCAAUUCCAAAGCCAUUAGUUGAUGCAAAUUCUAGCUCGGACACUUAUACCAGCGAUAAAGACUAUAAUAACUCAAGUAAUAAAGACAAAAUUGAUACGUUAUUUAAUGCAAACUUUGAUGUUGAUAAUUCAUUUGAUAUCCAAAAAACAAUUGAUAGCAACAAUCAGGAACAACAACACAUUGUAACAUCUAAUUUUGAUAUGGAUGAAGUUGAUGAAUUUUCAUUUCAAACUCCUAUGACUUCGACAACUGAUUUAUUGAACAAUAAAAAGGAAUCAUUACCACAAUCACAACAAAAUUAUAUAAAUACAUCACCAAGUAAAUCCAUAAUGAAGCAUAAAAUUAAUGUAAAAAAUACUCAAUCUGCUAAUACAUCUCCAAUCAAGAAGAAUGUUGUUUUCACUCAAUCAAAUCCGGAAAUUCAUCAUUAUUCUAAUAACAGUAACAAUAAUACAACAACCAAUAACGAUGAUUCUUCAUCAGACUCCUUGGAAGACAUUCAACAACAGACUAUUGCAGAAGCUGUAUCAAUUCAGCAUAGUUGGGACCUCCCCAAAUUAAGUUUUCAAAAAUCAGACGACGAAUUAACAUCAACUCCACCACCACCACCACCACCACAUACAUCAAAACCAAAAUAUUCUGACUUAGUGAGAACCUAUCAGAGUGAAACUAGAAAUAUAAAUGGAACAGACGAGGAAGAAGAUUUCGAAAAUGGUGAAAUUAGUCAAUUAAAACUAUUAAAGCACAACAACUUUAGCAAUUUAUCAUUAAAUGAGAAACUAGAUUUAUACUUGAAUAAACAAGUGAAUGAGCGAUCAACAGAAAUGGACAGUCAUUUACAAAAAUUGGAUGAGUCAUUUAAAGAAAAAGUUAAUGAUGAUAUACACAAUUUAUCUUUUCUGUUACAAAGUACAAAUAAUAAUGAUAAAAUUGAAAAUCCAUUCAAAUCAUUGAUAAAUGAUAGCGAACAUCAAGAACUAAGGUCGUCAGGUAGCUCAUCUUCAUCGUUACAAAGUUUGAGAGAUGAUAAUCGACAAUUAUCAAGUACCCCUGGAUCACCAACCAAACUAAACAGAGGUUUAGAGUUAAAAGAUGGAAUCAAGGGUUUGAGUGAUGAAAUUGUUGAACAGUUAUUACCAAGAGAUGAAUCAAAUGAAUAUAUCUCGUCAAUAAAAGAAAUAAAGGUUAAGAAAGAGGUGACUCAAGACGAUAACUUAGAUUCAUUUGAUAAAUCAUAUAACAAUACCGAACAAUCAAUAUUAAAUUUAUUGAAAAGUGCUUCAAGCUCUCAAGUUGCAUUAAACAAAUUGAUAAAAGAAGAAGAUAACCCUGCAAUUGAUAAUCUGGUUAGAGUUGCAGUUGCAAUUCCAAAUAUCAAACAAGAAUUAUCAGCAAAUCCAGUAAUAAAAUCAGAAUCUAAUGCUCAUGUAUCAGAAAUCACGGGCUUGACUCCACAAGAAGAGGUUGAUCAACUAUUACCAAAAGAAUCUGUUGAAAACGAUGAUGAAUCUGAUAUUUCAAAACUGUCAACUAAGAUGUCAAUACGGUUCCAUGUAGAUAGUGAUUGGAAACUUGAGGAUAGUCAUGAUGGUGAUAAAGAAGAUAAUGAUAAUGAAUAUUCAAAAUUGGAUAAAUCAAUACUUUCUUCAGAAAUUUCUCAAGAAUCCAUCAAAACUUUAGCACCACCAAAAAUUGAUGCAGAAAUGGUUGAUGAUCAACAUAAUAAUUCAAUUGAUGCUCAAGAUAAUAUUUUAGCAAAUUCAUCUAGUAUAGUUGCAGCUGAUAUAACGUUACCUCCUGUUGAAUCCAACCACUAUUCAUCAUUGGAAGAUAUAACAAAAAAUCUAGAAACUUCAACAUAUUCAUCAUUUGAAGAAUCAUUAUCAGCUGAACAUGAUAAAGAGAAUCGAAAUCCUAAUGCUCCAAUUAAUUUCAUAACAAUCUGGCAUAAGCAAGAAAAGUUGAAAAAGAAACAAAUCCAUAAAGUUCCAACUAAGCAACUUAUAGCAGAUAUUAAAAAUGAUCAAUCAACUGAAAAAGUCAAAAUACCAAAUAGUUUAAAUCACAAUGUCAGGAAAUUUAAAGAAGUAAAUGUGAUGUCUAGAAGAAUUGUGAGUCCGGAUAAUAUUGAUGAUUUAAAUAUUUCUCAAUUCCUACCUGAAUUGUCUCAAGAUUCUGGAUUUGAAAAUUUACAAUUUGCAAAUUAUUCCAACUUACAACAACAAAAUAGGAAUAUUUCAGGACUAUCCACUCGUAAUGUAUUAUCAAAUAUUGAUAAUAAUCCUAAUAUACUUGAACCACCACCACAACCAAAGAAAUCCAACGAUUUACAUGUCAAAAGGUCAUCGAGUAAUCAAAUCAUUUUACCUCAAGUACCAGUACCACCAUCUGAACCAAAAAGAUCUAAAUUUAGAGUUCCAACAUUUGAAAUUAAAAGAUCAAAUUCCUUAUUAUCUCCUAGAAAUAUGUACAAUGAUAUAUUUGAAGAUAUUGUUCCACCUACAAUUAAAUCUAAAGGUAUGAAAACUUUACCUAGUAUGGACAAAGAUGAUGUCAAACGUAUAUUAAAUGCUAAAAAAAGUAUAACACAAGAGGAAUAUAAAAAUGUGAAGUUGAAUAAUCAAAUUCCAAAGAAAAAUUCUGUUGUGAAUGAACCAGAAAACCAAUACGAUGAAUUACAACAAGUGGCAUCUUUACAUGAUGCAGCUACUUUUGAAUCAAGUCCAUUACCGAAAAAUAGAAUUAACUCUGAUUAUAAUGAUUUCAUGUACUUGGCUGAUGAAUUGAAGAAAUCACCAAAAGAUCUAAUGUCCACUAACCAUAUUUUUAAUGAUAUAAACUUUCAAGAAAUUAAUAAAAAAUCAGGAGUGCAAAAUAAAACUUUACCUGAGCCAGAUUUUAAAUUGGAUUUGGAUGUUUCACCAACAAGAGCUCAUGUUCAAGAAAAUUUGACAUCCAUUGAACCCUCUACACCAAUAAAAACACCACCAAUUAAAAAACCCAAUAAAAGUCCAAUUAAAAUUGGGUCACCAGUUAGAUUAAUUAAAAAAAAUGGCUCAGUUACCGGAGUUGAAUUUGAUUCACCAGACAGACAUAAAUCUCAACCAUCAUUUGAAGGUAAUGAAAUUUUAAACAAUAAAGUAAGAGAAUCUGACACAAUAAAUCAUGAUAAACAAAAUGUUCCAAGUACAGUGUCGGUACCUUCUGAAUUUUCAGAUUCCAAUCAUCAUCAAAGAUCUAAAUCAGAUCCAGUUUUGCUUGAGGAUAAUAAAUCAGCACAACAACAUCAACAACAACUAGUCAUGCAAGAUCGUGGUAGAUUGUUUUUCAGAGUUGUUGGUUUGAAAAAUAUUAAUUUACCAGAUAUCAAAGAUCAUAAAGGUAAUUUUUCGAUUACACUAGAUAAUGGAGUACAUUGUGUUAAAACCCCAGAUUAUGAUUUAAAUUCAAACAAUAUUGAAAUUAAUAACGAAUUUGAAUUAACUGUGAAUGAAACAUUGGAAUUUAUUCUUACUAUGAAGAUGAAAUAUGAAAAACCGAAAGGAACUUUGAUGGAAAUUAAAGAAAGAAAAUUGGUUAAAUCAAAGAAUAGAUUUAGUAGAUUAUUUGGAUCAAAAGAUUUGAUUACAACUACAAGAUUUGUACCGCAAGAUAUAAAAGAUUCUUGGUCAAAUAAAUUUGCAAUUGAUGGAUCAUUUGCUAGAUGUUAUAUUGAUUUAUCUCAAUUUGAACAUAAAAUAACGGGUAAACCAUUAACUUUUGAUUUAAAUUGUUUUAAUGAAUGGGAGACUAGCGUACAACUAGGUCAAAAUUUAAAACAGAAAAUCACUUUAAAACCAUAUAAAAUUGCACAAUUGGAAGUUAAAAUGUUGUAUAUACCUAGAUCAGAUCCAAUGGAAGUUUUACCAACAAGUAUUGGAUCAGCAGAUGAAUAUUUGACACAAUUAUUAAAUGAAAAAUCCUUUUAUUUUGAAGGUUAUUUGCAUCAAGAAGGAGGUGAUUGCCAAACUUGGAAACGUAGGUUUUUUAAAUUGUUUGGAAAUGCAUUAAUUGCUCAUAGUGAAUAUAAUCAUAAAACAAGAGCCAAAAUCAAUUUAUCAAAGAUUAUCGAUGUUAAAUAUAUUGAUAACGAAAAUCAACAGAAUAGAUCAGGAGCAGAUAAUAAAUACAGAAACUUUUCAGAUAUUUUAUUAGUUGAAAACUCAUUUAGAAUAAAGUUUUUAAAUGGUGAAAUUAUUGAAUUUGGAGCUCCAAAUAGAAAAGAAAUGAAGCAAUGGAUUGAAAUAAUAGAAUCGAUAGUUUAUAGAAAUAGAUUUAGAAGACAACCUUGGGUCAUUUUAAUGAUGAAAGAAAUGAAUUUAUAUUAA